AUGCACAGCAAAGAAGAGAUCAGUCAUGACGAAUACCAGAAAACUGCUGAUUGGUUGAUGUCCCAGACGAAGCACCGUCCCCAGGUGGCGAUCAUCUGUGGGUCCGGACUGGGCAUGCUCGCUGACACCCUCAAGUGUCAGGACUCCUUUGCUUACUCUGACAUACCAGGCUUCCCACAGAGCACAGUUGAAGGUCAUGCAGGUCGGCUGGUUUUCGGGGAGCUGAAGGGGAAGUCAUGUGUGUGCAUGCAGGGUCGCUUCCACAUGUAUGAAGGACACUCACUCUGCAAGACAACGUUUCCAGUUCGAGUCUUCAAGCUGUUGGGGGUGGAAACUGUAAUUGUGACGAAUGCCGCCGGCUCAUUGGCGGACGGUCUGCAGCCUGGUGACAUCAUGAUCAUCAAAGACCACGUCAACUUCCCUGGAUUGGUCGGUCUGAACCCGCUGAGUGGACCCAACGAUGACAAGUUCGGGCCGCGUUUCCCCGCCAUGUCUGGCUGCUAUGACAAAGGCCUGCGUUGCUUAGCAAUGGAGAUCGCCAAGCAGCUGGGGGUGUCCAGCCUCAUGCAGGAAGGCGUGUACGCCAUGGUGGGCGGGCCCAACUUUGAAACUAUUGCUGAGGCCAGAUUGCUACAUCGGCUGGGAGUGGACGCUGUCGGUAUGAGUACGGCUCCUGAGGUCGUCGUGGCAACUCACUGCGGAUUGAGAGUCUUCGGCCUCUCUCUGAUCACCAACAAGGUGGUGAAGUGUUAUGAAGACUCAGAAAGUGUGAACCAUGAAGGCGUCCUGGAGGUUGGACGACUGCGCUCUCAAACUGUACAGCAGCUGGUGACUGAACUGAUCAGCAAGAUGGAGAUCAAUAACAACAUCUCUAAUAACACUAUCUGA